GUUUGCUCCCAUCAAAGCUAUACAACACUAAAGUUAAAUAGAAAACAAUGCCUCUACAUUUUGAGUGGUAGCCCAGUCUGCUGUCAGUGGCCAUGGUGGGGGGAGCUCUGGCUAGGUCGGUUUUGCAACCAACCAUCAAACUGCACACCUGCGCAAGCCUAAUUUCUACUCGAUCAAUGGCAGAAAAUCGACUCUGUUUGAAUAGACAAUGGUCCCUGUCAAGAGGCAUCAAGAAGCAAGCUGGUUGCUUUACAACAGAAACUAGAAUAACAAAACAAGCUAUAUGCUUUUCUGAUGCAGGGAUUAAGCGUGCUCCUGAGUACCGCACCCAAUUGUCUUGGCUUCUAAAUGCAUUUUCCAGCCCUGAUUCUCUAGUGGUUCCAGUUAUGAAGAAUAAAAACAUGGUAAAAAAUGGGCAACCACUGAUAGUUCCAAUUCACAAAACAGAUAUUAUAAAAGAGAAUUUGAAGUUGUGUGAUUCCAUUUUUCUUGGAUUAACAAGAGAUGAGAACACUCCUGUCUUUGCAAUUGAUGUGGCUGAUGUUUUAAGUGCAGAAGGAAGUAAACCUGCUUGGUUUGAAGGGGUAGAACUGGUGGACCUUCGUAAAUAUGGACCCAACCUGAAGACAUCUGAAGCAGGGCUUCUUGCUUAUGCAAGGGGAAUGAUUGAGUGGCAUAAUAAAAAUAGAUUCUGUGGCUGUUGUGGUACAAAGAUGGUCUCAAAAGAUGGUGGGCAUUGCUUGAAAUGCUCGUUGGAAUCGUGUAGCACUGUGGUAUAUCCACGUCUGGAUCCCGCUGUUAUAAUGCUUGUUGCUGAUGGCGAUUAUGCUCUUCUUGGAAGGCAGAGUAAAUGGGAAUCAGGUCGAUAUUCUGUAUUGGCAGGCUUUGUUGAAAUUGGAGAAACAUUUGAAAUGGCUAUAGCAAGGGAGGUAAAAGAAGAGGCUGGCAUAAUUGUAGACACUAACAGCAUAAGAUAUGUUUCUACCCAGCCAUGGCCUUUUCCAUCAUCUCUUAUGGUUGGAUUCAUUGCUAGUGUGGAGAAAAAUGAAACUUCAUCUUCAAAAGGUUCACCAUUACCACGUGAACAUGUAGUGCCAAUUGAGAAUUCAAGCCUCUCUGCUAUUCUUGGAAUCAAUUCCUUGCAAAAUCUUUUUGUAGAUGGAAAUGAAUUAGAGGAUGCAAGAUGGAUACACAAAGAUUUUCUUAGAGCGGUACUUUUGGGAAAGGUUCUUCCUUUUGGCGUAGAGUUUCAUGUUCCAGGAAAACAUGCAAUAGCUAAUCAUUUGAUGGAAAAGUGGAUAACUGAAACAAGAUGUGUGGAAUGGGCAGGAGAUGAUAUAGAAACUGUUGAGAUUGAUAAAGGAGUCUUCAAGUAUGUUCUUAUCCGUAUACAUGAUGACAAGGGACACAAUAAACUGAUAGUGAGAGGAAAUUCUGCUUUAGCAUAUCAUGCUGAUAUCCUGAAGGAAGUACGGGACAAAAUUGGAUCAUUAGGAUUUCAUGCUGAUCCCUUAGGUGGGGGACGAAUCGAGCAUCACCCUGAACAGAAAGUUAUACAUGUUUAUGGUUUCUCACAAGCGUAUGGCCAAGCAAACCAUGAAGUUACAGCUUCGCUUCUCCAUCAGUGGUAUCCCUUUCACCAAGUUUCAGUCUUGUGGGAUGGGUAUUGAUUUGGAUUAACUGCUCUCAAAAUCAGAGGGAAUAAGAAAAGAGUAAGAAAUUCCUGGAAAUGGCAUGGUUAAAGGGGACAAUAAGUAAUGAAGAAGUUCAUUUAGGCAUUCAUACCCUUAAUUAGGUAUUCUUUGGUUAUUCAUGACCUGUGCUCAUUUGAUGGCUAAACAUUAUAAAUUUCACAUAUGUUUGCAGUUGCACCCUUGUAACUCCUACCUUUAUUAAACUGAACAUUGGAUAUCAUUCUUUGAACAAGGCGAUUCUCUUUGAAGCACAUUUUUGUUCAUUAAUUCUGGGACUACGCAACCAUUUAAAAUUUUAAAUACACCUUCUAUUUAGACAGCCACCAUUCAAGGCAUAGAACACACCUAAUUACCAGGCUACUUAUUUGUCUUCUAACAAUCAACCCAACCUUACUCAGUAACUUCUGUGUUGUCCUUGGUGGCUUGGUGAUACUCAUUCUCUUAGCCAUGCCCUUGUUAUUUUCCAUUUUUCUGCUCUAAUAUGUGAUGGCAUGUGAAGAUUUUACU